AUGCAGCAUGACAGAACACCUAGGCAGACUGGCACAGGUACGGUAACUGUAAUUGUGAACGAUGUAAAUGAUAACAAACCAGUGUUUGAUAAAGAAAAAUACAUGGUUACCGCAAUGGAAAACCUUCCAGUUAAUUCACCCGUAAUUACGAUAACUGCCGUCGAUGCCGAUACUGGCAGAAAUGGCUUGAUUAGGUAUUCGCUCAAGGGCGAGCAUCACGACAUAUUUGCCGUCGACCCGUUUACCGGAACAAUUUUAACGAAAGUAGUAUUAGAUCACGAAGAGAGAGACAAAUAUCAAGUUAUACUCGUCGCACAAGACAGCGGAAUGAUGAUAGAAAAUUCUGCCAGUGUCGUCGUUACAAUUCUAGUUGGCGACGAAAAUGAUAAUCAACCGCAGUUUGCCAAAGAUAGUUAUACAAUUUACAUUCCCGAAAUGGCCGUAGGAGGUCACUUUGUGUUUGGUGCUCAUGCCGAAGAUCAUGAUGUCGGUCUGAACAGUCGUCUGGUGUAUCAUCUCUCCGGAACCGAUGCUGAUAAAUUUCAAAUUAAUCAAGAUACGGGUGUUUUGAAAUUAAUUCAAAAAAUGGUUAACAGAUCCGAAGGAUAUCAUUUAGAAAUUCAUGCUACUGAUAGUGGAAAUGUUCCUCUUUCAUCCAGUAUUAAUGUGGAAGUUUUUUUGCGUCCCCUUCAUCUUUUUCCUUAUUUUCAUCCCGGUGUGCACAAUUUUGUUCUCCAAGAAACAACAAAGGAUGCUCUUCUCACCACGGUACAAGCAUCAUCUAGAAAAAUGGGAGAAAACGGUAAAAUUACUUACCAUAUCGGAGGUGGAAAUGUCGAAAAUGUAUUCUCGGUUAAUCCUAAUACUGGCGAGGUGUGGAUUACUGAGGGAUUAGAUUAUGAAGUUUUACCGAAAUAUGAAUUAUGGAUAGAAGCUAGAGAUAGCGAUACUCCUCCUCUUUCAAGUGUUGUGAGGUUAGAUAUUGAUAUUACAGAUGCAAAUGAUAAUGCACCUAUAUUUGCUUUCGAUGUCUAUAAUGCUACGAUAAUAGAAGAACAGAGUCCCCCACAGUUUGUUAUUGGUGUAGAAGCUCACGAUGCCGAUAGAGGAGAGAAUAGUGAAAUAAUUUAUUUAAUUCAGUCUACUGAUGCCACUAAUCCUUUCACUCUGGAUGCUAAGACUGGUAAAAUAUAUACAAAUAUGGUGCUCGAUAGAGAAAGUAUAGAAGUAUAUAAAUUAAUUGUUCAAGCUUCUGAUCGAGGCAAUCCUCCGAAAACUGGUACAGCAACUGUUCUUGUAACUGUGUUGGAUAAGAAUGACAAUCCUCCUCGCUUUACUAGACUUUUCAGUGUAAAUGUUACAGAAAAUGCACCUCUCGGUACUUUUGUUAUUCAGGUUACAUCUUCUGACAAGGAUAUCGACAUGAAUGCCAAUGCUACUUACAGUUUUACAGAAAAUCCCGGUGGAAAAUUUCACAUUGAUCCCGUUUCUGGCAACGUAACAAUUGUUGGAUGGUUAGAUAGAGAAGUUAAAGACGAAUAUUUGUUAAAAGUUGCCGCAGUCGAUGGAUCAUGGAGAGCAGAAACACCCCUUACAAUAUCAAUUCAAGACGUGAAUGACAACGCGCCAAAAUUCAGUAACAGUGUUUAUGGUUUCAAUAUUGCAGAGCUUCAGAGAGCAGUAUCAUUUGUAGGACAAGUAACGGCUGUCGACCAAGACAAACAAGGCCCUAAUUCAGUCAUUAGUUACAAUUUAAAGCGUCCCUCUGACUUAUUUCGUAUCGACCCUGCCAGCGGAGAAAUAAUGAGUAAACAAACCUUGCACUACAAGCAUAGUUUGCAUUAUGCUGCUCCAGAAAACCAGCACAUCUUGCGCGUCGUGGCUACAGAUCAUGGUCAACCGCCCAUGUCUUCGGAAGUCGACGUUAUAAUUAAUAUCGUCGAUUCUAACAAUAAUGCACCCAUAUUUGAAAAACCCUUUUAUUUUUCACCAUUACCACAAAAUUCUGGAAUUGGAUUAUCCGUGCUUAAAGUUACAGCAAUAGAUAAUGAGGAUACCGGUAUCAAUGCAGAAAUAGAAUACAAUAUAACAGGAGGAAAUGGAACAAAUUUCUUCAACAUUCAUAAAACAACAG